CAGUUGGUUAAAAGCAAGCAGAAAAGCCUGUUUGGUAGGAUUUGUAUGCAAGAACGAAAAGGAGGAAGACACACUAUGAUAUUCACUUCAGCUAAUGACAGAGAACCUGAAGUCUCUUAAUGUUCGAACAAUGAUAAAUAUAACUCUAAGAAAACGCUACUUCCAGAUGAAGAGAGUCAACUUUUCGGAUAACAUUGAGAAAUCAUGAAGUUAUUUUUGUUGAUUGCCUUUUGCCACGGUUUAUUUGCAGUGAAACACUCACUGAAGAAUUUGGUCACCGGAUCCUAUGGCAUUCCAAUCAUUCCAGAUUUUGUGGGUGUGUUGUUAGUUGAUGACAUUCAGACAGGUUACUGUGACAGCAGUCAGAAAACAUUCAAAAUACAACACGACUGGGCAGAGAAAAUAUUAGAAAAUGACCCACAGCAGAAGGGCUACUACAAUAUUAAAUGUUUUGAAGAUGAACCAAACAAGUUCAGACAGCUGAUUUCUAGUUUAAAGGGGGGAAGUGAAGGUUUCCACAUUUUACAGAGGAUAGAUGGCUGUGAAUUGGAUGAAAAUACUGGAGAAGUGGCUGGUGUGUUACAGUAUGGUCAUAAUGGAGAAGACUUUCUUAAAUUUGAUCUAAAAACUCUGAAAUGGAUCGCACAGAAACCAGAGGCUGAAAGUAUCCAACAGAAAUGGAACGCUGAUGUAGCUAAAAAUAAUUAUUAUAAAAGUUCGCUCACUGGGAUUUGUCCUCAGUGGCUGAAGAAGUACUUGGACGCUGGGAAAAGCAGCCUGCAGAGAAGAGAACAUCCUUCAGUCUCUCUCCUCCAGAAGACUCCCUCAUCUCCAGUCAGCUGCCACGCUACAGGUUUCUACCCUGACAGAGCCGUGAUGUUCUGGAGGAAAGAUGGACAGAAGGUUCAUGAAGGUGUGGAUCCUGGAGAGAUCCUCUCCAACAAUGAUGAAACCUUCCAGAUGAGUGUUGAUCUGAAUGUUUCAUCACCUGAAGACUGGAGAAGAUACGAGUGUGUGUUUCAGCUCUCUGGUGGUGAUGAACACAUUGUCACCAAACUGGAUAAAACAGUAAUCAGAACAAACUGGGAGGAAAAAAAUGACAAGCACAUCAUUGUUGCCGUGGUUGUUCCUGUUCUACUUGUUCUUGUUCUUCUCAUCCUCUGUGCUGUUGGAGUUGUUGUUUAUAGAAGGAGGAGAGUUCCAGGUGUCAUCUAGUAGAUCUUCUUUAGAGGAGGUCUCAGAAGAACAGAAAAAAGGAGCUCAUGUGUGAAAAGUCUGUUUUGCCGGGUUGAAGAUGGGCUUCUGAUGUGCUGAUGAACUCCAAGGUCCAGUUACACAUCCAUAAGUCAAAUCAUACGAUAGUCAGUCAGACACUCAGCUGUACUUCCUUAACUGUUCUUUUCCUGGCUCCCAAACUUAGGGACAGAUCACAUCUAACCCAACAUGCUCCAGAACAAGUUAGGCUAGAAGGCUCCGUUGGAGAAUUGAGGUGCACGACUGGAACAGAAAGCGUCUCCUUUUCGUCCAUUUAUUGUUUAGAUAUUUAUUUAAGAUGAAAAAACUUUCUGCCCUUCACUGCUGUGUUUGUCAUUAAGAAAAUGCUAUUUUGUCACAGUGUCAUGUUGUGAAUUUAAAUAUAAAACAUACAAUGAGCACAAAGGCUAUUAUAGGCAACUAAAACUAAACAAAAAGUGAAACUAGAUGUAAAGAAAAAACCCAAACAUUUUAUCUAAAUCAAAGUGAAAUGUUUUCACUGUACAGUCUUUAUAAUGUCAUCCAGAGUUGGCUGUAGAUUAUACACCAAACAUUUACAGUGUUUCAGGAAGUCAAAAAGAUUAGUGGUACCAAUAAAAUUCAAAUUGUCAAAAGAAUUUUGGACAUAGAUAGUAUGGGUUUAGUGCUGCUCAAGCACUAUGGAGUAACACCAUAUCACUUUUUUUUUCCAUGUGCGGAGAUAAAAUAUUGAUAUUUGGCUUAAUCAGAAAAACUUUAAUUGUCACUUUAACCAUAUUACAUGGAAUAAAGCCAAAAAAACAAAAUGAAUGGUCAGAGCUGUCAUUGUUAAAUCUGAAGCCAGAUUUAUCAACUGUCAGCACCAGUUCAAUCGUAUAGCAUGAAGAAGCUGCUGUUGGGGUUUUUAAAUAUGCAUUGUCUAUUUUGUGGCUGAAAGCAGCAGGGGAAAUAAAACAAUACAAACACCUCUCAACCUGAGAACAUGGAAGAAUCUCUGGAUACAGAGACUGCAUAGAGAAAAACAGCAGCAGUAGUAGUUUCUAAACAACUUAUAGAAUUAAGUUUUUAUGCAGUGGUGUUUAAAGUUGGGCUUUAAAGUUCAUAAAAAAACAACCUACUUGUAAAGCUUUCAAUUUAAGACUAUUUCCUGCCUUCACUUCCGUUUACAUUUUUUACAUUGUGUGCUUCUGAUUAACAAAUGCAGCUAAGUGAGUUACCUCUUAUGGGAAAACUGAAGUCUUUGGCAUGUCUCAGAUAUAAUUAAAUUAUACUAAAAAUAUGAUUUACUACCUUAAACAUGAAGUGCACUUUCACUUUUGAAGAAAUUCUACCAAGGAUUUUUUAUUUUAAAUAAGCUUUGUGUGUCUUAUUGCGUCUGUAAACACAAUAGUUUAAAAAGCAUGAAAAGUGGCAAAAAACCUUAUAACUUAAAAUAUUCUCACAAGUGUCAUCUUUAUUGUCAACACACAGGAAUACCCAACUACUUUAGGGGGCUUCAAAAGUCAUAAUAAUGACAUAGAGAGCUAGAGAGGGUUUUUUGUUGUUGUUGUUUUUUACUGCCUUUGUUUGUAUUGACAACAUAUAGGCACAUUGUGAAUGAUAUAUUGUGGCUCUGGCCUCUUCUGCGAGGACAAAUAACAUCGAACUUUCAUAAAAUGUAUUUUAUCUUUAAAAUUGUGUAUAAAAUUCUGCUGCCUUAGUUUGUAUUGGCAGAUUUCUGUAAAUAUGUUGGUUUACACUAUAUGCAGUUCAAAAACCCAAUAUUUAUUUAAAGGUUCUUUUCUUUGAUUGCACAGCUUCAUCAUACCACUGUAAUUUUUAAUUAGUCAUUGGUUAAACCGACACUAGUGGAACCAGAUAUGAAAUAAAGCUGAUUUCAAUCACCAAUAACAUUCCACUGACAUGCAUAACAGAUUCAACAGAAAUACUGAGCCUAUGCACUCUGACACACUCUGUAAGCGUUGCUUGUGAAAUAAAUAAAUGUAUUGCUCUUUAUAUUUGCACUAAUUUCUCACUUUUCAGUGAAGU